AAGGAACCAAGCUCAACUAGGUAAUUGGUGCAUCCGCUUGAGUCCAUAAACCAAUUUUGCGCAAGCGCAAGAGACGAUGCGCGCGUAGGACUGUCCGCACUAUCCUGCAUGCGCCGACAGAAUGUUGAAGACACCUAUUUGCAGGCUUAGGAAGAGGAGGCUGCGUCUUCUCUGCUCGCUCGCCCUGUCUUUGUUGGCGUUCGGCCGGCAACCAUAUCUGAGGCGAGGUCACCAUGCUGCUCAUGCCGACACUCCAUUACGGCUGCCCAAGUCCCUUAUUCGACUGGUAACUAAUAUUUGAAUUUUUACUAGUUCUAGUUGUAGACUCACGUGUGGAGAAAAAAGCAAGAAGAAGAAUUGCAUUUUUAAUCGUGUCAAUGAUGUCGUCUGGCUGAUAAGAAGUAAGUAGAAGUGAAUGUAAAUAUGAUGUCAAAUCGUGACGAAGUAAAGGAGAAAUUGAUGGAGUUUAAGAAACUUCUGCGUAUUAAAAGUGGUGGUAGUUUCAGCGCGCUCCAAUCUUGACUGAGAAUGAUGAGCUGGAGCUUUUGGAGCGUUCCACGCAGCGCAGCUUGCGCGGUGCGUUUCAGUCUUCAGGCCGAUCGCGUUCAUCGGAGCAACUGGAGCAGACAGAUUCUCUCGACACGAAGUCGUCGUCGGGAACAAUAUCGCCAGAGGUACAGAGCCACGAGAAGGCGUCCGAAGCUCCUCAACGACUGACAUCGGAGACGUCUCCUGAAGACGGCUUGUCUCCUGAAGACGGCUUCCUAGAGACGGCGUCGACCGCGAUCGAGGCUGUAAGAUAUACAACCACUAAAGGGUUAUUGAGGAUUUUUCUAGAUUUUGAAUACUUCAGAUAGCCAUGAUGAGCUGCAUUCGAUUAAAUGCAUGUGCAUUGCAGGUAAUUAUAGUCGUGUGAGUAAGAACGCCGAGACGAACACAUCAAGGCUACAUAGUCGAUUAAAAGUUUCAACCACACUGCGCGAGACAACGAGCUAGUGAGUAUUGGUCUACGUAUUUAUAUACGUACCAGGGAGGGAGGCUUCCGUAAGACCUGGCGAGCGCCGUAUAGACCGCAGACCGAAACCCUCUCCCCUUCCCCCCCGAUUAUAGCGGGGCAGGCUUGCGCGCUCCUAUGCGUGACGCGUCACGCUUUUAAGCGUGGCGCCACGCUUUAAAGCGUGGCGCGCCACCGUCGCGCUUUAAUAUAACUGAGCGCGACAGAGUUGGCCACCUUAUGAAAGACCUGAGGCAAAUCCGUGGGCGGCCUUAUGAUCUGAGACACAUCCGCAAACGAUCUUGCGGCAAAUCUGUGAGCGACCUGAUGACCUGAGGCAAGUCCGCGGACGCCCUUAGAAUCUGAGACAAAUCCGCGGGCGCCCUGAUAUUCUGAGACAAACCCGCGGGCAGCCUUAUGGCCUGAGGCAAAUCACCGGGCGCCCUUAUAUCUAAUGGAUCUGAGGCAAAACCGGGGCCGGCCUUGUGAUCUGAGGCAAAACCGGGGGCAGCCUUAUGACCUGAGACAAGUCCGCGGACGACCCUACGACCUGAGACAAAUCCAGGAGCGGCUUUGUGAUCUGAGACAGACCCAGGGGCGGCCUUAUGACCUGAGACAAAUCCGCGGGCGCCCUUAUGGCUAUGAUCUGAGACAAGUCCGCGGGUGGCCUUAUGACUUGAGGCAAGUCCGAUGCUAUGAUCCGAGGCAAACCCGCGGGCGGCCUUAUGACCUGAGACAAACCCGCGGGCGACCUGAUGACCUGAGGCAAAUCCUUCGGCUGCCCUCUUCUGUGGUCUGAGACAAAUCCGCGGGCGGCCUUAUGAUCUGAGGGAGGUCGCUCGAUUUAUUUGCUUGGCCUGGUGAACAGCUAGAGAUGAGCCACUUACAGCAGGCAGCUUGCGGCGGUAAACGCAGUGGCCCCGGCUGUGCUGAUGUGUGGGCCAGCUAUCUUGCUGGGGUGUGGGUGGGCUUGCGUCGGCUAUCCACGUUGGGCGCUCGUCAGCUCCCACGAGUGGGCUCAGGUCUGCUAUGCAGUUGGCUUAGGGAUUAGCCAGCCAUCUUGAGUGGGCUCAGGCCAAGAAUGAACCGAGAGCAGGCCCACCAUCUCAAGUGGAUCGCCGUGCUUAGUCGAGUCGCCCGCGGUCUGUGGGCCACUCUGUAAGUAGGUAGCGCCGGCACGCUGGUGGUCGCCUGUCACUGUAGUGGCUUACAAAGGAAGCUCCUCCGAGUGUUUGGAGAAAAUCCCUCAAGAUACCGCGGGGCCGGGAGCUGUGCGGGGUGUGCUCUUUGUCAAGGUGUGGUGAGGCGCUAUGGAUGGCUCAGCAUAUCGGCGGGGCUUGGCGUGACGCGCGUGGCAGUCUCUCACCCGCUCAGUCUCAUACUAGUGGGCCAGCGCUGCCGGGGUCCAUCGAACAAUCAGAAGCAAGCGGGGGCACCAAGUGGAUGACCACCCACAGCAAAGCCCUCGAGCUAACGUCCCCCCUCGCCGCGUAAGUUGGACCACUCUAGAGCAUGCGCACGCGCCACACCCUCAUGCGCCUUACUAAUUAUUCCACGCCGCGCGUCACGCUCUUCAGCGCGUCACGCUGUCACGCGUCACGCUGAUACUUCCUCGCGCGCCACGCUCUUCAGGUAGGUGCGGCGCUCUUCAGCCACGGGGGGCUCCCCCCUAUAAGCUUGAAGGAGAGGGGCACCGACAUGGAUCGGUGAGUAAUUGACUCGUCGAUAAGAUAGUAGCCAAUCAUUGGCCGAAGUAAUUCAAUUAGCGAAGGAAAAUAAAACGUUGGGCGCUAAUUAUCGGAAAAUCAAAUUGUUCUCCCUCCGACUUGGGUGAUGAUGAAGCGGGAGAGGCGCCGGCCUGUUUCAGAAUAUACAGUUAAGGUUUCCAUGAACCCGCAUUUGUAAUAUCUAGUAGCAACAUCUUUUACCAGAUUUUAACGUUCAAACAUCUAGAAGAUGCCGCAAAAGGUGGGUUUUCGAUACUCCUAAAGCAGCGGCGUGAACAGGACAGAUUCGCGGAACGAGACUUUCAGCUCGUUCUCGUCGUUUACUCAGAGCUCAGAGUCACAACUUUCCGAGCAUCUGACGCAACAAGAAUACGAAAAGUUGAUGGGAUCAGGUUUUUUAUGUUUCGACAGUGUGCAACAGAGGUGACGAAUCGAUCAUUUCUCAAUAUUUUAUUACUGUUUUUAUCUAAUAUAUGUACCAGGGAGGGAGGCUGCCUCCUGUGCAUGGAGCGGCGGAGGCGUUCGCGCCUCCUUUUUUCCGCGGUGGUGACAUGUAAGGACUCCUGGAGGCGAAGGCCUGAAAAGGCGGGGCCAGAGUCCCCUGGCGGCUCUCCGCGUGUACCCCACAGGCGUCCCGCCUCUUGGCUCCUAUUGUAUUAGGGGGACGACCGCCGGGGGAAGAAGGCCGCCGAAGGCGGCCACGGUCGCGAGGCCUGGCCCCUUUGGCGCUCAUCCCCCCAAGAAGCUCCCCCAGUGAGGAGCCCGCACGCGGGAGGCCUGUAGGGUACAUGCAACACUUUAGGGCACAUGCAACACGGCGCGGGAGGUCUGUAGAGCACACGCAACACGGCAAGGGGGUCCAGCCUUGGGACCUUUGCCGCCUUCGGCAGCCUCCCCCCCCGCUGUCGGUGCUUGAACGGCCUCCGGGGUUUUGGUUCUGUACGGUACAGGCAAGAGGCUCGUGAGGCCGCGAAGGUGGGCGUUUGGAGGCCUCUCCGCCUGGCAGUCCCUCCAGGAAAAGGGCCCGGGGAUGGAGGCCUCCCCCUCAAAAAGUUAGAUCGGGGGGGCCUUCAGCCCUGAGCCCUGGAACACAUAUGAAGUCUUCUCUUUUAGUAGCGCAAAUAGAGAGAACGAAGUGCCGCCAGUUCGUUAAGCUUGAAUGAGAAGAGCAUCGACAUGGAUCGGUGAGUAGUUGAUUUGAAUGAUUGACGUGGGCAGAAGCGAUAUCGCUAUUCUUGUAUCGAGGAACAAAAGGUUAGUCCAAUAUCCGUGAAUCGAAUUCGAAAGGUUUUUAGAUGAAAAAACAAGGACCAACAGUGCCUGAGAUAGUGUCCCAGAUGUAUUGCCUACCUACCUAAAUGAUGUAGCAAUGUUCAGCCUUUCUUUCAUCAUUAUCCGAGCAGAAUAUUAGGCUACAAAGACUUGAAAGUAGGUCCUAAAGACUCCACUUCUCUUGCGGAAGACGAGGAAAUAGACCUGCGCUAAGCUAUGCGGCUUCGUUACGGCUCGCGAUAAUUCAUUAUCACCGCUUGCUUUCUUUUCCAGAUGAUGCCUCAGAGGCAGAUUAGAAAGUAUGGUCGUAGAAAUGAAUGACUACGAGGUGUAAUUGUAGCGGCAGCGAAGAGCCUACGAGCGAAGAUGGCACUUCCAUCUGAGACCAAAUUCUGCGAUGGAUUUAUCCCGGAAAGGCUUUAUCGUGGUUUUGAGUCGAUUCUCGAUGGAAAGGGCGAGUUAAGGCUAAUGGUUCUUUCGUUUUCAGAGGAUUUCCAGUGCUCCUGUACGGGCGAACAUGAAUAUAUGCUGUAGCACUACUGAUAAGAAAGUAGAUCAUUUAUACUCGUCAUCGUGACCUCGUCGCUGGUGGUCUAAGCCAUAUUUUUACGUGCUUCAUCUACAGUUGCUACUCGUCACACGCCUUCGUUGUUACGCAUCAAAGAUUUUCUUCUGGGUUGCCUGAGGGAGGUGGCCGGGAGAGAUAAACUUGUAGAAAAGCGUUUUCUAUUAUCGAUUUAGUUCUAAUGCUAAUACUAAUCAAGAAUAGAAACGGAGACGCAGUGGACCGAUCUUUGCUCACGCUGGAAACGGCUGAGAGAAAUCUCCAUGAUCAGCUACAGGAACAGGAGCUCAUUUUCGUACCGAACCCCAGAGACACGACAAAACUCAAGGUUUCUUUCAAUACGAACGAGGACCGAAAAGCAAAGGGAGAAGCAGUCAGGAAACGGAUGUGCCAGGUGGAAUGGGCUCUGACUGCGGUAGAAGUGGUUUUUCGAGCGUGCGUCUUGCUGCGUUGGCAGGUAUUAGAGAAAUUAGCCACGUUAGCUACAGGAACAAAGGUUGGGCAGAUACGGAAUGAGGACAGGCGUCUUUCCUGGAAGGAUGAAAAGUGGGACCCGCAGACUGAGGGGGACAUGUGCGAGGCGCGUUUCGAAAUACCUGGUGUGAAGAGUUUCAGCAAAUUUCUCGAAGAGAAGCGAGAAAUACUACUAGCUGACAACGUCAAUGAUGCGAUGGACAUGCAGCUGUCGCCGAAACGCAUCGUCCGCUGUUUUCUCUGCAGUGACACCUCGGAGACACUCGACCCAGAGAAGUUCGGGCAGAGCCGUUGGCUCUUCUAUAGGAGUAACCAGGUGAUGGGCAGCAGCGAGACAGAGGAGUCUCGGAUGCAGAUGUGCGGUACUCAGGAUGAAGCUCUAAUCGCCGACACACAGUCAUUGAAUGAUUGCCAGAGACAAGCAAACGAUAAGGAGGUAAACAGUUGGACUGCCGAGGAUCUCUCAAAUCAACUCUACAAGGUCCCCUUGGAAUGGGCGGAAAACGUCAAUAGGAAAUUUUUUAGUACCGAGAAACAGUCGGCCCCGCAGGUUGCCAAAGAAAAUAACCUUUUAAUAGACAUACGGCAGCGAAAAUUUAUGGCUCGUAUUGACAUCCAACCUCCACAACACUUUGCUGGGCAGCAACGUACUGCACGAGGAGGUGGGUGUCGUCUAAAGGUUCUAACAAAACCUAUAUCAAGUCUUAUCGGCAGCUAAGCGACUCGGAUGCAUAUGAGGCAUUUCAUUUGGAGAAGAGUCUCGCUCACAGGGUUAAAGAACUUCUCGAAAUCGAAGGAGAACGGCUGAAGAUACCGCAAGGGACAAAACAAUCGGAAUCCCUGAGGACGUUGCUGCAUUGCCUGGGUGAAGCAGCGGAUCUGAUUACGAAAGGGCGCGACAUCAUCAACAAUAUCGGGUCCCAGGAGAAAGCACCGGUGCAGCUGACGGGAAAGCUUUACAGUGCGAUCGCGGCGGAUCUUGCAAGCGACGCUGCAGCGGACGCGGUGUCCUUUACGAAUUCUCGCAGAAGUGUUUUCUUAGUUAAUCUUAAUUGAAGUUUUGACUUCACUUAAAUAUUGAAGGAUGUAUCUUUAGGUAUUUCCACUUAUGCUUUUGAUGCUCUGCCCUAUGCGUAGACUGUUGAGCUCGCGCACGCUUUUUAGACAAGGUUCUCCAUUCUUUGCGACUCCUCUUGACUGAGCGCGUUCGCGCGUUCUUGGUUUCGUUCCUCUUUCACAAAACUGUGGAUAUUGUUAAACACGCUCACAGUCAGGCUAAAGUAGAAGUAUCUCUGAUCUCAUAAUUUGACUAGAUUUCUGCUGUGAUAACCUCAGGGUUUCCUGGCGGAAGCUUUUCGUGUGCAGCAAUAUUCAUAUUCUACCUUUGAGGGCUGUGGUGAUCUCUCUAACUCUUUCUUGCUGAAACUGAAUGAGAAGGACUCAGAGACGCUGGAUUUGCUGACUAUCGUGCGGGCGUUUACCAAAGUGCUCUGGAGCUUCCGUGUACUUGCUUUUGUCAUUGUUUUUUUGAAAAGCCAAACAAACGCGUCUACAGCGUUUGAGGAGAAGGUGGUGCAAGAUUUGAAUCGCUAUCUAAAUACGCUGCUGACCUUCUUCUGCGAUAAAAGUGACGACAGGAGAUGCAGCGGACAGAUCUUUCUGCGAAGCUUCUUCUUCGAAACAAAGGACGAGGCAGAGAAACUACAGAAGAUGAAAUCGAGUUUUGUUGAGAGCGGAAAAGAGUUGGAGGCAGUCUCCUUGCAGUGGCUGCUGGAUGCCCGCGUUGAGAUUGUUGCUCGGGUUGGAGGAGCAACUCAAGAUGAAGAUGAUGGAGGUGGACGCCAAAAUUAUAACCUGCCAAAAGUACAACUAAUAAAAGUGCUAGUGGAGGAACUUAAUAAUGCAUGUCCCUUGCUUUUUGAUCUACACGGAAACGCAGACAAAGACAAUCAAUCUCCGGCGGCAAUACUACCACCAGGAGAAGGAGCUCAAGCCGGAGGUGUUUGUGCCGCGUCGGCGCCGAGAGAGCUUGCUGCUCAGUUCGAAUUGGCAAUUUCAGGAGCGCAGUCUCACGAAGAUACAGGGCAGGAAGUGGAAGUAUCGGAACUAACCAAGCUGGAGCAAGACGUAGCGAAGAUCAUGAUAGUCGAACGCUACUACGAUGCGAUGAAUACUCUUGUGGAGGCUCAGAUGUGCAGUACUCAAUUCAGCGACAUCGAAUUGGCGUUGCUGGAGGAAGACCAGGCAGCUAAUAUCAGAAAUCUUCUGUUUUGCGACGAAACGGAGAAGAGCGCGGGAGGGUCCGAUUUUUCUGUCGAAGCAGACCUAGACCGUUUCGUAAAAAGGCAGCGUGUUUUGGCGAAAGCCGAACUGAGCCAUCUGGAGAAGCAACUAGGCACUCUGCGUGGUGUGGAGAACGAAGCACUUACGAAUCGUGGAACGCAGCUUUUGAAUCUCGCUCGGCAACAACAGAGUGAUUUGAAUUCAUUGUAUUCGGAAACUGGGGAGGUAAUCGAGGGCAUCGCAUUUCAUCUCGUUGACGUUUCUGACGGCGAAGAUGACCCUGUUCUCCCUGGCGAUUUUUGGGUGCAUUUUCCGCUUCAUCCGUCUGCAGCACUCCUAGAGGUGAGGCGAUUUUUUGCUGAUCGUAAGGUCGCUGUCGCUAUCAGUGCCGCUAGCAGCGAUCGCAGCGGACAGCAUGCUUUUGAACCUCCGGCAGGAGGAUUUGUUUCUGGUCGCGACGGACGCCGUAAUGCAGCAGAGGGGGAGAUGGAGGCGAGGUCGACCACAGGUGUGGCGAAGGCAGAAGUAGCGAUGCAACACGGAGAAGCACGCGACAAGGGGCAGCCUGUUGGCACCAACCCUUCUGCCAUCAGUGCCUCCGCUGACGAACCUCGUCUGCCCUUCGCGGUAAAGGCGAUGAAGGAGUUGGCACCGGCACCAGCGCUGGAGAAGCCAACGGAGGUGCCACAGGCGCACGCGGGUAUGGAAGCACCACUGGCGAAGGAGCCACCAAAAAAGGAGGCGGCGCCAGCCGAGGAGCCACCAAAAGAGGAGGCAGCGCCAGCAGAGGAGCCACCAAAAGAGGAAGCGGCGCUGCCAGAGGAGCCACCAAAAGGGGAGGUGGUGCCAUCAGAGAAGCGACCAAAAGGGGACGUGGCAACCAGAGAGGCGGAAACACCGGGGGGGAAGAAAGAGGUGGAAUCAGGGGAGGCGACAUCGGGUCAGGGGAAGAUUGCAGAUGCUCAGGCUCCUGAACUAAACGGCGGUGAACGUCAAGGUGAGUCGAGAAAUCCCUCCGGGGUCACUGAUGAUAUUCAUGUAGCACGUGCACCAGAUGGUAUCAGGCCCGCUGCUAAUGCCGAGGACCCUACUCUGGCUGGCGGCGUAUCCCAGGAACAACCUAGCACUGCCGGCGAGCAAGCUGGCGUCGUUGCUCAGAAAGUCCGCGAUGAGCCAGCAUCAGAAACGCUUGGCCAAAGUGCGAAGCCGGAUGGUCCGAUGAUCACGUCUUUUCCUGACCACUCGAAAGUGGACGGAUCCGGCAUUCGUGGAAUGGGAGAGUCUUCUGCCAGUUUGGGGAAGGGUGCUGCGAAGUCCGGAGCCCUUGCUGGGAGCGGAAAGCCCGCUGCAGCCCGUCUCGAGGGCAACCAGAGUAGCCCUGGCGAGAAGUCUGGUAAAGAUGCCGAGAAUAGGAACGAUGGAACAGAUACAGAAACCACGCCCACGAGGCAGGAUGAUCCUCAAGAAAAAGGUCAGCCAGUCGCCGAAACAACCAACGCUUCUUCUGGAGCCGCACGAGGGGGUGACGCUCUGAAGCAGGGUGUUGCUCCUGCAAAAGAUCCGCGACCUGCCGAAACCGAAGGCGAAGCUAUUGCGCCCGCUGCAGAGGCUGGCGUCACGAGCAAUGAUGCUGCCCGAGAGGACUGGAAGUCACCCGCAGAAAAGAAAGACGAUGCUACUGCGCCCGCUCCAGAGGGUGGCCCCACGAGUGAGAAUAUAGAGAAUGGCGCUCCAGCGGAAGAUCAGCGAUUCUCCGAAACCAAAGAGGACGGUGCCCCUCCUGCCGCUGCAGAGGAUGAUGCUGCGAGCACCGAUGGCGCUAGAGAUGACAAAGAGAAGGAGCCCGCCGAAGCCAAAGACGCUACUCCUGCUGCUGCAGCGGUUCAUGAGGGUGAUUCUCUUGGGCAGGGUGCUACUCAAGAAAAGGGGAAGCCGCUCGCCGAAAACCAAGACGCUGCUACUACACCCGCUGCACAAGCUGAUACCACGAGCAAUGAUGCUGCUCGAGAAAAUGGGAAUCCACCCGACGAAAACAAAGACGAUGCUACUGCGCCCGCUGCACAGGGUGAUCUUGCAACUGCUCAGGGAGCGCACGCCGGGACAGCAGCCGAGACUGUUGUAGGCACGGAGCAGUCGCACAUUCCGCAGGACCUCCACCGACAGGAAGAAGGUGGACUGUCCAAAGGUAACAGCCUGCAUCUUGGAUUUCUUGAUUUUUUCGGAAUCAGGUGUAAUUCUAAUCGAGAUUGUCGAUUUUCAGGUUUUGAAUUUCUACGAUCACUAGAGACAGUAGUUCGACGCCACGCGACAUGUGGGAAUGACACAACACAACCAGUCUAAAUACAUAGUGAGCUGAUUGCCAUCAGGCAGUUGUCUGCAUUUGCUCAGAGUUGGUUUGAUGAGGGCUCGAUACGACAAAAAUCCAAAUGAAUAACUUACAGACACUGAAGAUAUCGGGCGUGUUGCGCCUGCUGAGGAUAAAGACAGCUUGAAACAGACUAUCUCUGUGCUGGAAAGAGUCGGGCUCUGGGGAAUCUUGUUGGGUACCGUCAUCGCACUUACCGUUAUCGGAAUCCUCGUCGUGUGUUUUAUGGAUGAAAUGAAAAUACGAAUUCAAAUGUAUCAUUAUCGUGUUUCUGUUCAACUAUAUUUCCUCUCAUACGGCAUUUUUAUGGAGAAGAAAUAUAUCAGGAGCAAGUCAUACAUGAUGAAGGCUGGAAGUUGCCCGUCUGUAGACUGCUGCUCGGGGCAGAGCUCGUCAGGACACCCCUGCUCAGGUAAAUCGAUGAAGCACCUCGCGGGCCUCUUACUUACUUGCGGCAUCAUCAUUCACAUUCUUAUCGUCGACGGUAUUGCCAUUUUCGAUUAUCAUUAUGAUCAUGAAUAUCAUCAUCGUAGUACUUAAUCAUAAUCAUACGUGCCCAGUACGCGGGCCCAUCAGGGGCCUGCUGGGGGAGAAUUAAAAGCCAUCCACUCCAAUCUAUGGCCAGAGGGAGGAGCCUCUUGAGCGUCAUCAUGUCCACGAGAAGGCCAAACGUAUACACGUCCGGGCUCGGAAGUUGAAGGCGCUGGGGAUGCCGAUGACCGUGAGAGGGAUCGAUCUGCGCGCCUCCAUGUCUGAAGGGUGGAGCCUCUUGAGCGUCAUCAUGUCCACGAGAAGGCCAGGCGUGGACAUAUCCGCGCACAGAUGUGGAGGGGCUUGAGGAUGGUCGGCGCCUGUGAGAGUGAUAGGUCUGAGCAUCAUCAUGCCCACGAGAGGGCCAAGCUUGUGCAUCUCCGUGCUGGAAAGUUGAAGGCGCUGAGGAUGUCGAUGCUUGUGAGAAUGAUACUCCUGAGCACUUCCAUGCCUGAAGGGUGGACCUUGGUGAGCGUCGUCACCUCAUGCCCAUGAGAAGGCCAGGCUAGUGCAUAUCUGUGCUCGAAAGUUGAAGGCGUUGGGGGUGUCGAUGCUCGUGAGAAUGGUAGACAGCUCCUUCUGGGCACUUCCAUGUCCGAAGGGUGGACCCUGGUGACGUGAGCGUCAUCAUGUCCACGAGAAGGCCAGGCUGGUGGAUCUCCGUGCCCGAAAGUUGAAGGCGGUGAGGAUGUCGAUGCUUGUGAGCCGGAUAGAUCUGGGCGCCUCCAUGUCUGAAGAGUGGGGCCGCUUGGGCAUCAUCAUGGCCAUCAGAAGGCCACUAUUAUACACGCCUGGGCCCGAAAGUUGAAGGCGUUGGGGGUGUCGAUGCUUGCGAGAUGGGUAGAUCUGGGCACCUUCAUGUCUGAAGGGUGGAGCCUCUUGAGCAUCAUCAUGCCCAUGAGGAGACCACGCUGCUUCUGGAUCUCCGCGCUCGAAAGUUGAAGGCGUUGAGGAUGUCGAUGUCUGUGAGGAUGAUAGCUUUGAGCACUUCCAUGCCUGAAGGGUGGACCUUGGUGGGCGUCAUCAUGUCCAUGAGAAGGCCAAGCCGAUGCACCUCCGUGGUGCCCGAAGGUUGAAGGCGUCGGGGAUGUCGGGCGUCGACGUCUGUGAGGUUGAUGAAUCUGAGCACUUCCACGCCUGAGCGUCAUCAUGUCCAUGACAAUGCCAAGCGGAUGCAUCUCCGUACUCGAAGGCUGAAGGCGUUGGGGGUGCCGAUGCUUGUGAGCGUGAUAGGCCUGAGCCCUUUCACGUCUGAAGGGUGGGCUGAGGCUGACCCUGGUGAACAUCGUCGAUCAUGCCCAUGAGAGGGCCAAGCUUAUACGCCUCCGCGCUCGAAGGUUGAAGGCGUUGGGGAUCUCGAUGCCCGCGAGAUGGAUAGGCCUGAGCGCCUUCAUUUCUGAAGGGUGGAGCCUCUUGAGCGUCAUCAUGUCCAUGAGAAUGCCCGAAGGUGGAAGGCGUUGCGGAGGUCGAUGCCUGUGAGAUGGAUAGAGCUGGGCACCCCCAUGCUUGAAGGGUGGAGCUUCUUGAGCGUCAUCAUGUCCAUGAGAAGGCCAAACGUGGGCACAUCUGUGCACAGAAGCAGAAGUAGAGGACAGGGCAUGGGGGGCGCCGAUGCUUGUGAGAAGAAUUGGUCUGGGCCCCUCCAUAUCUGAAGGACGCCAUAUCUGAAGGGUGGAGCCUCUUGGGCGCAGCGUCAUCAUGUCCAUGAGACGGCCAAACCCGGACACGCCCGCGCGCUCCUGUGGUCGAUUGGUGAUGGCGUGCGCGGAGGGAAGGUAGUCGCGGAAGGGGAAGAGCCAGCCUAACUCUUUUCCAAAAAUUUCAGGGAGGUCGCCUGGCUUUUUCUGUAUUUGGGUGACUUUCUUGAAGUUUUUGAAAAAAAAAGGCGCUGGGCGGUCAUAAGGGUAGCGGUUGGAAGUUCGUAGGGGUGACUCGCUCGGGGUGGGCGCGUAGUGUGUUGGGGGGGAUCAUGAUGGGGGUUGGCAAUUUGGGCGACAAAGUAGACCACUGGCAAAAACUCCAGGAAAUCUCUGGACUGCCGGGCAGAACACGCCUGAAGACUUUGCUUGUUUUUGAGUCGUUGCAAAUCCCCUCAGGGAGGGCAUAUUAUUAGCCUAAGACUAUAACAGCCUCAAGAGCUCCCUUAAGGGAAACUUUUUGCCUUAUGGAAAGUUAUAAGCACCUUUUAUAAUAAAAUUUCUUUAAGGAAAUCAGUUUCCUUAAGGAACGCACUUCGCGGAGACUCUUAAGGAUUUCAGAAAAGUUGCUUACCCUAUAAAUAGAUACUAAUAUAUAUUACCACCAUCAUCGUCAUCAAGAUCUUCACUAUCGCCGAGCCCUUUUACCCAAGAACAUUCAUAAUUGUGCUCCGCCUCUUUUGCUCUUCCGACUCCGAGAGCGGUGCCUCGAUAUCCGCACCUGAAGACCAGUUGAUAGCAAAUGCCACUGCUCCCGGCGACGAGGGGGGUGUUGCUGUUAAGGCUACAUUGCGAUAUACUUGGAACGGAGUAGGUACUUCUUCGUGUACCCUGAAGAUACGUGUGCUUGAGGUUGAGCUCGGUAGUUUUACAUACAAGUUUGACCAUACGGAACUUCUGCCGAAGGGGACGCCCUCGGAGCGUUUCUUCUCGGAUUUUAUUAGGGUCUUUGAUGAGUGAGGCUGAGGCUUAGGGCGGCAACAGCAUAAUAAUUGGCUUGGAGCUAAUGCGGGGGUUCAUAUAAACUAUGGCACUCUAAUGCUGAAAAAGCUGCGGACAUGAAACUCGCUGCAGAGGGUCCUGAUGGAGAUGCGCUGCAGCCGUCACCUGCCCAAGGUGAAUCUCCAACUGCUUCACCCAAAAAAAGCCAGAGCGAUCCGGAGAAUACUGCAGCUUCCACUGAUGGAAAGAAGGAAGAUAUCUUGUCCGCUGCGGCUCCGGUCGUCAAAUUAGGGCUCAUAACAAUUAUCCAUCGUCGAAGAAGUGAGUAUUUCGCUCUCUUUCCUCCUGUUAAUGUUAUUGAGAAGAUGAAUAUUAUAGAUGCAUAAAUCGAAUUAUUCCGAGCGCUAAUACUGGCGGCGAAAGCUUCCGAUUCGGCGCCGCAGUUGUCCAGCGUACCUCAAGUUCCGUCUGCGGCCAGCGCCAUGCAUUCGAUCCGCGGUUUAGAGGUGCCAUCCAUCUAUGCGGCGUCUCCGGCCAGCCCCAUGCAGUCGAUCCGGGGUUUACAGGUGCCAUCCAUCUCUGCGGAGUCUCGGGUCGGCGCCAUGCAGUCGAUACGGGGUUUAGUUGUGCCAUCCAUCUCUCCGGCGUCUCCGGCCAGCCCCAUGCAGUCGAUCCGGGGUUUAGAGGUGCCAUCCAUCUCUGCGGAGUCUCGGGCCGGCGCCAUGCAGUCGAUACGGGGUUUAGUUGUGCCAUCCAUCUCUCCGGCGGCCGCUCCCACCGGGAAGACCAAGAGCAAAAAAGAAAAGAAGAAAAUACAGGAAAAGGCCACCGGGAGAAAGACCACUAA